GUUCGUGGUUUUUAGAAAUACGUAAAAUGCUGAUGAAUCAGCUAUUUACAACUGCUUAUUUAAUGGGGUUGGUCAUGGCACGACCUGACUUGGACCUCGAACAACGUAGCGAUAGCGUUAUAGAGGGGUAUGGAGCACUAGAAAUGUUCGACGUAAUUAACUUCGACUUCUUAUCAACUGGUGAUGCUCCAGAUAUGUAUACUAUAUUCGCCGCCAAAAAAGAUGGGUGCUUUGGUGCCAUACAUGCUAGUUCUCAGUGCACACCCCAGAAAACAAAUCACAAUAUUAUAGCACGCAAUCGCAUAGAUUCGUCGGAAAAAAUCAUGCAGGUGCCAAUUUUAGCAGGGACUUAUGGCGGGGAUCAAGAGGGGUCAGGGUCACAAUUUUACACAACGCAACUAGAGUCUCUGUGGGAGCUAGUAGCCGCUACACUGGAGUAUGAGGUUUAUUUUGACGAGAAUUUUGAUUUUGCGAAGGGAGGAAAACUUCCAGGUAUGCAUGGGGGCGAUAGGACGUGUAGUGGUGGCCAUAAAGCCACUGGAAGUGAUUGUUUCAGUACGCGGCUUAUGUGGAGGGAAAAUGGUGAUGGUGAGGCAUAUCUUUAUCUACCGAUGUCCCUACAAAGAAACAGCUUUUGCAACAAGUGCUCCGGUUAUUCAGCAGGCACCACUUGCGACGAGAUGACCCAUUGCUCCAUGAAUCGUGCGUCGUUUUCAUUCCGCAAGGGACAGUGGAACAAGAUUAAGAUGCAGGUGUGGAUGAACACCGACGGCAACCAAGACGGGUUUUGGAACCUAUAUCACAAUGAUAGACUAGUCAUGUCAGAAAAUUCCUUGGGAUAUCGAAUCGACAAGUCAGUACCAUUAUCUGGUAUGUACUUCAGCACCUUUUUUGGUGGAGGUAGUUCGGACUACGCUCCCGUCUAUGACACACAAAUAGACUUUAAAGGGUUCAGACUCACAGCUGGUAUCGUUUGAGCACGACAAAUGAAGCCAGGAUACUUGCGCUUAGCCAGAAAUCAUAUUAUAAAUUAGUACUCUCGACAGUGUUCAUUAAAAUUGCGAGAAAGUAAG